CAAUUUUUCAUUGUAAACUCGCAGUAAUUACUGCAAUAUUAUUUCUUUUAAAAGCAAUAAUAUCAAUUUUAUAGAUUUAUUUCACAUUACUACGAAGUACUAAUAAUAAUUGUGGUCGAUUCGAUUAAACAUAUCAAAUUCUUAAAUUAGCCUAGCAUUUUUUUUCUUAAUUAACAUCUAACAGCUACUAUAAUUACUAUACAGCUAUCUAUAAUUUACCUUACUUACAGUGUAAUUAAAGCGACAGUAUUGAGUUUUUGCCUGUCUUCUGGUAAAGUAUAUUCAAUAAGAAUUUUGUUGCGCUUGUAGCUGCGGACACUCGGUUUAUGCACAAAGCGAUAUCAUAAUGAGCUUCCUGUUUGGAGGCAGAUCAUCUAAAACAUUCAAACCCAAAAAGAACAUACCAGAGGGUACACAUCAGUACGACUUAAUGAAGCACGCAGCUGCUACGCUUGGUUCAGGCAAUUUGAGAUUAGCCGUCUUGUUACCAGAAGGCGAAGAUCUCAAUGAAUGGGUAGCUGUCAACACUGUUGAUUUUUUCAACCAAAUUAACAUGCUUUAUGGUACAAUUACCGAAUUUUGCACAGAGGAAAGUUGUUCUAUAAUGUCUGCUGGGCCCAAGUAUGAAUAUCAUUGGGCAGACGGUUUGACAGUGAAAAAACCAAUUAAAUGUUCAGCACCAAAGUAUAUUGAUUACCUAAUGACAUGGGUUCAAGACCAACUAGACGAUGAAACAUUAUUUCCAUCAAAAAUUGGAGUUCCUUUUCCUAAGAAUUUCUUAUCGAUUGCAAAAACAAUACUUAAACGGUUAUUCAGGGUGUAUGCACAUAUAUAUCAUACUCAUUUUGAUUCAAUUGUAUCCUUGGGAGAAGAAGCACAUCUUAAUACAUCUUUUAAACAUUUUAUUUACUUUGUACAGGAAUUUGUGUUAAUUGACAGAAGAGAAUUGGCACCAUUACAAGAUUAUAUUGAUAAAUUAGCUGGUAGAGAAACUAGAUAAGCGCCUAAUAAUGUGGUACUAAUUGAAUUACACAAGCGCCUGGUUGACAGCUUUAAUUUUUCUGAUGUGAUAACUUAUUUUUAUAUUUACUAUAACAUUCACAUUUCAAAUGAAUAGAAUUUUAGUCAAAUGGCAUUCAUUAUCUAUAUUUAUAUAUAAAUAUUAUAUUAUAUAUUUUUUAUGUAAAUUAU